AUAAAACGAGACAAUAAAAUACAUUUUAGCGACCCAUAAAACAAAGCUUAUUGAAGUUUGUCGGUUUGUUGACAGAGUUCAAGGUAUUUGUGGGUCUAUAUCUGCACUUAUAAGUGUGAAUCGGAGUAUUUGCAAGUUUGCAAACACUUGUAGAUAUACCAGACAUUUGCGAUGAAACAGUAAUAUUAGAUCUGGAAUAUAGACAGAAAAUAUCAAUCAGGGCCCAUGCCUUUAACCCAGUGAAGAUUGAGUGUGACGAUUGGAAACUAUUUGGCAGUUCAACUGAAGGAUUGAAAACCCAUGUCGUCUUAAGAAACCAAAGGCAACGAAAAUGAGCAGCAAGGCCGAUAUAGACACCCAGAGGGGGAGCGAGCUCGGGCUGCUCAAGUCACAGACAGAAGAAGAGUUUCUCGUCAAGAUUGGCGCCAAGGAGGAGGAGUUUGAGUGGGACCCGCGGAUCAUGAACGAGCGACUCCGGCGGUCUUCCUCCUUUGUGUGUCCGGAAUACACCAAGCCAGCCUGCUUCCGGCCAAAGCCCAAAACCAUCUCAGCAGUGAAUCCCUGGACCACAAAUAGCCAGGCUGUCCGACAACUUUGCUCUGUGUCGAGGUUUGGCCCUAAAAGAUUCUUUAUAAACAACCAAGAUAUCCAUCAAAUAGGUGACCAGCAUUUAAAAGGAGACACCACACAAGCCCUAGGACUGUGCUAUCAACCAAUGACCGUCGACAACCUCUGACCAUUGGUGUCACUGGCGGGAGAUAAUACCCCCACUAACAAACACUAGAAGCUUCUAUCGCGAUGUAGAGUAGUGGUGCCAUCGGCAGUACAAUACAUACAAUUACAAUGAUUCUCGUGCUUCUAAAUACCGUUUACAUACUCUUGUAUCAUUUUAAUAAUUUAGUGUUUACGGUAUUGUUUUAUACUACUAUCUGAGUAUUAUUAUUUUUGUUGUUGCUUGUUAUUUUGUUGUUGCUUUGUUGUUGUUGUUUUCUGGCCAAAGAAGCAUUUCUGACCCCCUCAACUUUGUGUUAAGUAGAACCCCGGACAUUGUCUCUUCUCUUUAAUGUAUUUUAUGUAUGUAUGUUAGUAUAUUUAUAUAUUUUUUUAUGUAGUAUAUAGAACAAUUGUUUUAGCAAGUUGUUUUAUUGUUAUAAUUGUACUCAGUGAAUCAUAAGGCUUACUAUUUUACAAUAAACUUGUCAUA